AUGCGGCAGAUUACGAAGCUGAGUCUAGUGAUAGGACAGCUGCUCCUGGCUGAAGUAGUUACCAGCCCCCUCCAGACUCCCGUGUCAAGCAAGGUGGGAAAGGCAAACAAAACAUCAAGGCUGACAAAGUGCAGCAGAUCUGGACCACAGACUCCGGCUUUCAAUGUGGGUUCUCCUUCUGGGGCUAAUCUUACUCCGGCCGGACCUUGUCGUUUUGACAGCUCCCUAGAAGAUGGUAUUCUGGAUCUCAAUAAUGCUGCUGAUACUUUAGAGGUGCAAAAGAGGCGGAUAUAUGAUAUAACAAAUGUUCUUGAAGGAAUUGGUCUCAUAGAAAAGAAGCUCAAAAAUAGAAUUCAGUGGAAGGGACUUGAUGUCUCGAGGACAGGAGAUGUGGACGAAAAUUAUCCUAGUUUACAGGCACAAGUUGAAAACCUAUCUGAUGAGGAGCGCAGAUUGGAUCAGCUAAUAAGAGAAAUGCAGGAAAGGUUGAGGGACCUGAGCGAAGAUGGAAGCAAUAAGAAGUAA